AUGCUGUCUCGUCUCCUUUUUGGUGCCGUUGCUCUGGCUAGCUUCGUCACCGCUGCCCCAGCCAUCGAACCAGUCACUCACGCUGUCGAGAUUCGUUCCGACAGCGAGGGUUCUGGUGUUGAAGUUUGGGAAGAGGAUGAAUCGGGAGGACUUGAGCGCCGUGGCAAGAAGGGAUCUUACUUUCUUCUUGUCAAUGCGACGCCUUGGAAGAUGACUUUGUCUGGGCGCUCGAGCUACCAGAUGAACGUCUGGGAGUUUCCUGAGACUAUUGAACCUGGCACCUCCAACAGGAUCUACAUCGAGGGCAAGGGCCAUAUCGAUGAUGGCGGCGAAGUGAGCUACCGCUUCCAAGACCUCCUCGGCCACCCUGACUUUGAGUUCCGAUACUCGGGCAAGCUGGGAAAAAACAGAGUCCCUGGUGCUGGCAUCAGAUUCGGUUCACUUGAGACGGUCAACAACAAGCCCGGCACGUUCCAUAAGUUGGAGUGGCGCAAGGACAACAACAUCCCCUUCAUCAUCGCCAGCUCUGAGGAGGACCCCGCGAACCCCUCCAUUCACCCUUGGCUUGUGUCGACCAACCCGCCUCAAGAUUGGAUGCAUGCUACCUACCCCAGAAUCUCGUGCCUCAAGCUCCGAGAACUCGCCAUCCCUGGAACGCACGAUUCAGGGAUGUCACAGUUGAAUGGAAGAUCAUUCUUCGGCGCGCCUCUAAACUCCAAGACCCAAGAGCUCAGCGUGGCGGGCCAGCUGGAAUAUGGUGCUCGCUGGUUUGACAUCCGCCCUUCCAAGACUGGUGGCAAGUGGGCAACCGGUCACUACUCGUUUAAAGCUGGCAACUGGCACGGUGGCAAUGGCGAGUAUCUCGACGACAUUAUCGAUGGCAUAAACAGGUUUACCGAGAACAACAAGGAACUCAUCAUCUUGAAUGUUGCUCAGGGUCUCAACUCGGACAACUUCAAGGGCGAUAAACAUGCAAAAAUCAGCCAGGCAGAAUGGGAAGACGUUAUGAGGAAGCUGGAGAGGAUCAACCAUCGUGUCGAGAACCGAGGCGGUGAAGAGGAUCUCUCUCAGCUCCGUCUCUCAGACUUUAUCCAGGACCGUGCUGCUGUCAUCAUCAUCGUGGAUGCCCAGCUCUACAAGACCGAGGACAGAGUCGAUCUUUCUGCCUUUGCAGACAAGGGCUUCUUCCGACGAAACCAGCUCCCUCUGUUCGACAAAUAUGCCAACGAGAACAACCAGAACAAGAUGAUUGCAGACCAACUGGACAAGAUGAGAAAGGAGCGCACAUCUCCAGCAUCUCCCAUGUUUCUUUUGUCAUGGACCUUGACCCAGCUUGGUCUCGACGUCAUUGCGAACGGCAAAGGAGCCAAUCGCGCCCUCAUCGAGAAGCUCUGGCCUGCCAUGUCGUCGUCGACUUAUCCCAACAUCAUCAAUGUUGAUGCGUAUCCUAGCAAUAGGGACUUUGCGGCGCUGAGCAUGGCUAUCAAUUACCACUUUGCACCACACUGCUGA